UACACAUUUUUUCAAGCAAUGGAACAUAAUGGCGAAUGGACUGAAAUUAUUGACUCUGAAUACAUAUUAAAAGGAUUGGACACUAUGGGUUUUAUUAAGCCAACUCCAAUUCAGAAGGCUGUAAUUCCUCAGGCAAUUCAACGCAGAAAAGAUAUCAUUGGAGCAGCUGAAACAGGUAGCGGGAAAACAUUAGCUUUCGCUAUACCAAUAUUUGAUAGAUGGCUAAAGGAAUUAAAAAAAGGCGUGCCUAAAGAUCAAACAAAACUUUUUGCUUUGGUUGUUACACCAACACAUGUUUUUCGACAACUUUCCGCUCUAAAAGAACCAAGAGAACUACGCAUUGUUGCAGUUGUUGGCGGAAUGAGUAUCCAAAAACAACAGCGUUUACUUAAAUCUCAGCCUGAUAUUAUUGUUGGUACUCCUGGACGUUUAUGGGCAUUAAAAGAAUCGGGUGAAGAACAUCUUAAUGUAUUAUCAGGCUUGCAAAUUAUUGUUGUUGACGAGAUAGAUAGAAUGUUAAAAGAAGGACAUUUCCAAGAACUGAAAUUUAUUAUCAAGCAUAUUCAUAGGUUUAUUUAUUUCCUAAAAGAUUUAAACUUGUAUUCUAGUGAACGGAAUGAACAUUUUAAAACUAUUGGCGAAAAAGGACCUCCUUUGCAGACAUUUGUAUUUUCUGCAACGUUAACAUUCACUUACAAUGUUGGCUUACAAUUUGGCGUAAAAAAUGAGAUUAAGGAUACACAGAAAACUGACUCUAAACAAAAGGUAAAACAAAUCGCUCGUUCAAUGUACAUGCGAAGAGGCCCAGAAAAAUUAGCAGUAGUUGAUUUAACAACGACCAAAAAAAUUCCAAACAUGCUAGUUGAGUGUCGGAUGGAUUGUACGGAUCUUCUUCACAAAGACGCAAAUCUGUUUUAUUUGUUGAAACGCUAUGGAGGUCGAACUCUUGUCUUUUGUAACUCUGUCUCUGCAGUCCGACGUUUACAAGCAAUUCUUAGGAAAUUAACACGGCGCAACAUCGAUACUUUGCCAUGUAUUUUACAUGGACGAAUGAAGGAAAAAGAAAGGCUUAAAAGCGUAGAAAAAUUUGCAGGUUUUUAUUUUAUUGGAAUAAUUAUAAAUAUACAAAAUUUAGCUUCGGAAAAUUCAAUCUUGCUAGCAACAGACGUCGCGGCCCGUGGUUUAGAUUUUCAAUCGGUUCAGCAAAUUAUCCAUUAUCAAGUGCCUCAAACGACAGAAGUAUUCUUUCUUUUUGGUCAUUAA